UCUACUGGUGCAGCUGGGCGAGCUCGCGCGGGCGCCGCCGCCGCCUCCGCUGCUGCCCACCCCUCCGCGCCGCCGGCCGUGCGGAUCUUGCGGCCGGCCGCCGGGGACUGCCGGCCAAGAGAGCGGAGCACGAGGAGGCGGAGGCGGCGAAGUGAUGCUGGCGCCGGGGAUCGGGGCAGCGGCAGCGGAGCAGCAGCAUCUUCGGGACCCUGGCUGCAGCGUCCCUGUGGCCCGCGGACCAGCCCAGCGGCCGGAGACCACGCUCCCCGCGGACCUGUUAGAAACACUUCAAGAAUCGCUCAGUCCAGGAGUGGAGGGGUUGUGUAAAGACAGACGCUUUACCCUGAGAGGAGUGCUGAAAUUUUCAUCCUAAGGAUUCUACAGUUUGCUAAACAGCAGCUGCUCCUGGCAUGAGCCCCUCAAAUCUCCUCCUCAAACAGACUGAGACCAUGCUUUGUGCCCUGCACCUGGAGUGAGAAGAACAGCACACCUGAUCCAACAGAGUUACAAGGGAAAAUUUCCGAGGCAUAGAAUACUCCAUCCUGUUUGGAAGACAGUAGACCACGUGCCAAGCUGCCCGAGUGCCGCUGAGGCCCCUGGACAGUCGCCCACUCACACUUCUCUCCCAAAUGUUAAGAUUUAUUAGUAAUAUGCUGCCUUCGGAAGAUGAAAAGAAACUAGUGCCAAGAAGGUGUAUUCUCCGGUAUUUGGAAUAGACGCGCUCUUAGGACAAUGGCUUCAAAGGUCUCCUGUUUAUACGUUUUGACAGUUGUGUGCUGGGCCAGCGCUCUCUGGUACUUGAGUAUAACUCGUCCCACUUCUUCCUACACGGGCUCCAAGCCAUUCAGCCACCUAACAGUUGCCAGGAAAAACUUUACCUUUGGCAACAUAAGAACUCGACCUAUAAACCCACAUUCUUUUGAAUUUCUUAUAAAUGAGCCCAACAAAUGUGAGAAAAACAUUCCUUUCCUCGUUAUCCUCAUCAGUACCACCCAUAAGGAAUUUGAUGCCCGCCAGGCAAUCCGAGAGACCUGGGGAGAUGAGAACAACUUUAAGGGGAUCAAGAUAGCGACUCUCUUCCUCCUGGGCAAGAACGCUGACCCUGUCCUGAACCAGAUGGUGGAGCAAGAGAGCCAGAUCUUCCACGACAUCAUCGUGGAGGAUUUCAUCGACUCCUACCACAACCUUACCCUCAAAACACUCAUGGGGAUGAGAUGGGUGGCCACUUUUUGUUCAAAAGCCAAGUAUGUCAUGAAAACAGACAGUGACAUUUUUGUAAACAUGGACAACCUUAUUUAUAAAUUACUGAAACCCUCUACCAAGCCACGAAGAAGAUACUUUACUGGCUAUGUCAUCAAUGGAGGGCCAAUUCGGGACGUCCGCAGUAAGUGGUAUAUGCCCCGGGAUUUGUACCCUGAUAGUAACUACCCGCCGUUCUGUUCGGGGACUGGCUAUAUCUUUUCGGCAGAUGUGGCUGAACUCAUUUACAAAACCUCACUCCACACAAGGCUGCUUCACCUUGAAGACGUAUAUGUGGGACUGUGUCUUCGAAAGUUGGGCAUCCAUCCUUUCCAGAACAGUGGAUUCAAUCAUUGGAAAAUGGCCUACAGUUUGUGUCGGUAUCGGCGUGUUAUCACCGUACAUCAGAUCUCUCCAGAAGAAAUGCACAGGAUCUGGAAUGACAUGUCUAGCAAGAAACAUCUCAGAUGUUAGGAUUUUUACCGAUGUAAAUACGUUUCCUUUCUCCUUCUUUUCUUUUUUUUUUUUUUAAUUAAGACAUGGGGGCCUAAGACGUUGGUAUUUUAUAGGUGUCACUAGGGGAAAUGAACUGAUAAAGGGGUUUUAUAAAGUUUUUGCUUCCCGCUCCUAGUUCCUUUCUUGGAUUACCAAUUUACAAAUGUUGGGCUCUGGUCAUAGAAACAAUAAAUGAGUUAGAAGGGCCAGAUCUCAUUCUCAGGUCCCAACGCAUUGCCAUUUAUCUCACAAAGUGACUGCCAAACAACUCCUAAGAUUUAUGUACUGUGCAUCUGAGAUAGAAAUUUGGUUUAUGGCAAGCUGAAACUCAGUAAUGUCUUCAUAUCAUCUCGACGAAACUGAAUAAAUAAGUAAAUAACUCUUUUUCUAAAACAAUUCAGAAAUGCUGCACAGUCAGGAAGACACACUAGAUGUGAUUAUUAGUAUUGUGUAUGUUAUUACAUCGAAUUUUCACAAAUAUCGCCAUGUAAUGUGUACAGUAUUCGCAGUUCCACCAAGAAAUGAACUUAGUGCUGGCAGGGAGGCUGCAGGUAAACAGAUGGGGAUUUAAACCUGAGAAUCAAAUAUUCUGUAGGUUUAGAAGUCAACUCUGCUUGCUCAUCCAAGGAUUAAACCUGGUCAGCAGGUGGAAUGUAUAUAAAAAUGCUACUUAAAGUAAACAAGAGAAUUCUUCCUUUUCUCUCCCCCACCCCUUUUUGCUCUUUCAGAACACACAUUACAUGGUGCCUUCCAGGAGCCUUUGCCAAAUGUAAUCUCACCUGCUUCCUUUUCUACAUAUGCACAUUUCACAGUUCCUGGAUCUGGCAGGCACGUGUCUCCAAAUAUAGAAAAUAAGUUGAUAGGAGGCCAGAGAACACUCAAUCACAUUGAGAAAACACAAACUUAGGUAUGAAUUAUGAUUAACAUAAGCUUAGCAAUAGUAUAAGAUGCCCUCCCACAAAUUUGCAAGGCACAUGAGAAAAUCUGUAAGGGUUACCAAUACUAUUAAAAGAUUCGGCCCUACCAUUGACAGAUGUAAUACUCUCUAGCAUCUGAAAACAUCCAAGUAGCUUCAGCAGCAAAUGUUAUGAGGGACUCUGGGGUCUCUAUGAUCCAAAUUCGUGGGAAGGAAGGGUGGGGAAGCCUAGGUCCAAGUCCUGUUGAUGCCGCUGUACUUUUGGGCCAUCUGAACAGGCAUCUUAACCUUGCUGUGCUUCAAUAUGCUUGAUUAUAAAAUGGCUAUUAAAAAAAAAAAAAAACACCUACCUCACAGGUGCUGUGAGAGCAAAUCGCAUAUGCUAAAUAUUUUGAGUCCUUAGCUUAAAAGGUGCUAUGUAAUGCAGUGCAACAGGCUUUAUGCUAAAUGCUACAAUAAUUACAUAAUCACAAUGGUCAUCAGUAGUAGUAACAUCAUCUUAGUACGACAUCUGCCAAAAUAAAGAUCAACUACAAACUAUCAGUGCACCUAAUUCUUCUAAGACUUGGGCUUUUCCUUCGCUAUAGUUAAGGUGUUUGGGAAAGCUUCGAUUUCUCCUCCACCUCCUGUGGUUUCAAUGAAUAAGUUACCCAUUCGGUGUGCUGCCUUGAUAUCCCAAGGUGCUGAAAGUAAAGGCGGCUGCCUUUCCUUGGGAGGGAACCUCUGGCUAGGGGUAUAUCACAGUAAGUGAACUAUAUGCUUUGCGAAAUGCGUUGCAAAAACUUAGAUCUCAGGAAACAUUUGAUCUCAAUUCUCUAAGAACUUUAAGGACAGUUAGAACUAGUCUACCUUUAUCAGGAAAAGAAUAGGCACUCGCAAACCCACACAUUGUUCACCUUCUACCAUUCUUUAUAACUCCUGUUGUUCUCAAAGAAAACCCCAUAGCUGAAAGAGUGUACUUCUUAAAUUAUUUACUUAUCCAUUUUUUUAACCUGAUCCCUUGAAGCCCCCCUAGAAGUUGAUAGCAAACAGACGAAAUGAACAGAUGCGAGUAGUAGCCUAUUUCUUGAAAACACUGGAUCUUUUAUCCUCAGCCCCAAGGAAUCCAAUAUGAGACAAGUUUCCCUAAAUACAUCUCAUCUCACAGCUAGCAGGACUACUGAUUUUGAUUCCAAAACAGCAUGAGGUCGCCUGGGGAAAGAUGGGUUGGCACGAGGUGUGCUGUCCUCCAACCCCGCAGCCCCAGCAGCUGUGAGUCGCAGUCACUGGAAGGUCUCAGGAGUUCACUCUUGGUUAACCUCCCAGCCGUGCAGCUGAACCAAGCCUCUGUCUCAUAACUCCUGCCUUGCGUCUACCCCGUGCUCGGUCAAGCUGCCUUUGGUGUCAAGGAAUUGCACACGAUAAACAUUGCAUAUGCACAUGUAUGAUAUGUUUUUAUAUGUGCAUAAACAUUAUGAAUAGAGCCUGAAUAGAGCUCCAGGCUUUAAAAGGAACAAAAAUCAGAGGGUCAUCUGUCUUAAAGAACUAUUUCCUAACUUCUUCUGGUAGGUAGUGCCCAUGUGACGAACAUGUAAAUACUCAUCAAAGACAACAUGUACAUAUUUUAAAGACAUUUUUUUCUUCUCCCCAACUGUACGUAUAGCUAGAACCUGCUUGCUAUGGAACCUUUUCUUCUGCAUGGAGCUUGGUGAAGCAAGGCCAUUUGUCCAGUGUUUCAAUAGCCUUAAGCAUGUUUGCCCUUUGUUUCACUUGAAUGUUCAAAAAAUGUUUAAGUGAUCGAGAGAAAGCUCUUUCUCCUUUUGUUAAUUUUAUGACAUGACACUGGCCAAAUUAUUUGUAAGCCACCCUUACCAUUUCCCUGACAUAAAAUGAAGUUUCAGACAGUGUUCUACCAAGAGCCAUUUAGACGAUUUUUACAAAAACUUUAUCUUACCACCUAUUUGUUCAUUAUGAACUGGAUAACAAUAAGUAUCAGUAAUCAGUGUCUAUGUUCUUAAAGUUUCUUUUUAAAAUUUAUUUCUUGGAAAAAAAAGUUUUACCUUUGGUGGCUUGUUUGUGUGGCAAUGUCUUCUUACAUUGGAGCAAAUGUCACUUUCAAUGUGUAAUACUGUACUGUUAAAUAACCAGAAUCAAAAAAUGAAGAUCAUUUUGAUUUGGAUUAAAUUCAGAAGAACAAACCCCUUCGAGUGAUAUGCUAUGGAGAAAAUAAACUCUUUACAGAGAAGCCAAGGAAGGAGUUUUUCAAUCAACUCUCUUCUAUCAAAGGACAGUGGACUAUUUACCUAAAGUAUCCGGGAUUCAUUUUUUAUCUUUCCUAAUAUGUGGGUUUAGUGGGGGAAUUGAUUAUGUCAUUUCUUCUGUAAAGGCGAAGAUAGUUUUUAUAAGCAACAAAGUAACUUGUGAAUGAAAGAAGUAAUUUAGAAAUGCUUGUUGAUAAUUGACAUUUAGGUAUAACAUUAUAUAUGAAUGAUUGUAUUUAUGUAUUUUGUCAAAAUUGUACAUACUGUUUCGCCAAAUGUAAUUGUCUGUAAAAGUGCACUCUCCAGGUUUGUAGUACUAUUUAGGGUUACAUGGGUUGCCAGUCAAGCUGCUAAUCAGAAAACUAUUUUUUGUAUCAAUGUUAUAAAACUAAAAAUGGAAAAACAGAUGCUGAAGAUGUUAUUACAUUCAGUUCUUCACCUUCCUCUUAAAAUGUAAACUGUUGAUCAAAAGCACGAUACUAAUGUACAGGCCCGUCUGUCACGAGGAAGACUAUGGUUCCAUAAUGCUGAGGUUUUUAAACCACUGGGACAAAUAAACAGAAGGAGAACAUAUUUUUCCCUUUGGUUCUUUUCUGAAACAAUUUCUUUGGUGAGACAUGAUUCUUAAAACUAGCUGAUGCCCUGCGGUUCAUCAUUAACUUUCUCUACAACAUCAAUAAUAGGGAAAAAGCCAAGUGCAUCUUUACAGUCAACUUGGAAAAGAUUUAAUCCAGUGAAAAGGCCAGGGGAUACUCCUGGAUUUAGGAAAAUAGGUAUCUUACUUGUCCCUUAGUGGCCUCAGGGAAGUGUUUUUACUAGAUUCUGUAUUAAAUUCUAUAGGUUGAACAUGCCAACAAAUUCCAACCCAAGAGAGCAUUAUAUCGAUAAGGUGCUUGGGGAAUUAGGACAUGUUAAAUCUAAGGCCAAAAUGUCAUUCUUAUGUUUUACCCACUUAUACUCUUUGGAAUAUUGCAUACUACUUUAAAAGUUUAAUGGGAUUGAGAAAGAUCUAGUCAAACAUUCUUUACAGUAGACAGGCUGAUUGCUGUAGGCAAGAGAGUAAGAGCUAUUUAAGAGACAAAAGUUCUUUUCAUUAUCAGUCUUGUAACUAAACAGGUCCUCACUUUUCAAGGUGAAGUUAACUUUGAAUUCAUUCUCCCUAUGUCUUGGAGUCCAAAAAGGUGAAGUCUGUCAGGUGAGCUUAACUAUGAGUAAAUAAUAAAAACAUAAAAGGCACAGAUGUGUAUCCCAUGUAACUUUUUCAAAGGACCAACAUCAAGAGUCAUAGGCUAAAAUAUGGUCCCCAGAGCAAGAACGCCAAACUCAUCUGGCGAGUUGAGCUCCACCAGAAACUGGAGGCUGUGGCUCAGCAAGCUAUUUUAACAAGCCCUCUAGUGAUUCUGAUGCCCGCUGAAGUUGAGGUGCUGAUCCAGAGCGGAGACUGGCUAUAUACAGUCCGUGAAGCACAUCCGCCCUGCUGCCCACAGCUCCGAGUAGCUUCCCAGGGAACAUUGACAGUAACCCUGAGCCCUAACUAAGGGAAAUGCUGUCCAGUGGUAAAAAUGCCAUUCCUCUUCUUAGAUGUGUCUUACAAACAGAUAUUGUACUCAAUUAUUAUAUUUUGAAUUCCAUCCAUACAGCAACCAUGGAAAUUUGCUUUCUCUCUCGUUGUUUAUCUAUUAUCAUAUAUCUUCAAUGUUGCUUCUUGGCCUUAAAAUAUUUAUUAUAUGGUCCUUAACAGGAAAAGUUUGCCAAAACCCUCUCACCUAGAGAAACAGGAAACUCUGAAGAAGGUGCUACAUGCAAAAUCCUUCCAGGGAUGAAUGAGGAAUCACAUCUAUGAAGCACACGGAUGGAAUUAUCUCUUCCCGUAGCCAGGGAAAUGGCAAUGCCGUCAAGAUAAUGACUUGCAUUAAAAACCGACAGCUGCAUAUAUUUUUUAAAAUAUUUCCUUUUUCUCUCUCAGAGCGAUUUUUAAAAAU